AAUUGUUUUGUUUAUCAGAAUGUCAGAAUUCAAAACCAAUUUUCCUCAAGCUGAAAGACACGGAAAAGCAAUGUCUUCAUUGCAAAUCAACAGUCAGUCUUGUCGUAUUUGCAUAAACAAAUCUGAAAAGGUCAUUUCUCUCAAUGAAAUCAUAAAUGGAAGAACCUUGGUUGAAAUGUUACGUUACUGUGUUAAGCUAGAGAUUUUUGAAAACGAUGACCUACCAUUCCAAUGUUGUGCGGAUUGCAAAUCUGACCUCGUUGUAGCGUAUAACUUGGUGAUACGCUGUAAGGAAUCGGAUGCUUUGUAUCGGAGUCAACUAAAAAACAGCAAAGAUGUCACGAAAUUAACAUCAUUUGAGUCUAACAAUAUGACAACAGACAUCCAGUUUAAAACGGAGAUUAAGGGGGAACAUGAAUGUAUAUACGCAGAACCGAUAUCAGAUUUGUUUGCAUUGAGUGAUGAAUCAGGAUCAAACAGGAUGAAACGCGAUCAUAGUAGAAGCUCAUCAGAAGAUGAUGAUUGCGACGACGAUGAUAAAAUCGGUGAUGACAUACAAGAAAAAAACGCUGUGGAUGAAAUUAUAUGCGAGCUGAAACGGAGGAAAUGUGUUAAGAAAGAAUCCUUGUUUUCUCCCAAACGAUGCUGCAAAUGUAAGAUGCGUUUGGAGAAUAUAGAGCAGGUUGAGCAACAUUCUAAGACUCAUAUAGAAUCAAAAGUUACCGACAAGCAGAAAAUCACAGCUAGACCGUUUGAAUGCUCGGUUUGUUUUAAACGGUAUACUAAGAAGCGAGCUCUGCUCCUCCAUCAACGAGAAAUGUUCAUCGAGAAACAAUUUCAAUGCGAUGAAUGUGAUGAAGAUUUUCACACAGAACCUCAACUAGCAGACCACAAAGAAUCUCAUGCUAAAGUGGAAAACUGCUAUAGUGGCAGAAAGGGACAGCUGCCAAAAUGUUGUGCUUGUUACCAACAGUUUGAGUCCGAAGAACUGUUAAAGAAACAUGCUGACGAAAUUCACCUUCCAGAAAGCCAAACUUCAACGAGCGAUAAUGCUUACCGAUUCACUUGUAACAUUUGCCACCGUAGAUAUAAAACGAAACGAGUAUUGAUGGAACACAAAUCAAAACCGUACCGAGUCAAGCAAUAUCAAUGUGACCAAUGUGGAACAAUAUUCCGGGACAAGUGCGCCUUUUCCGAUCACGAACGUUCUCAUCUGGGAGAGAACCAUCCUUAUGUCUGCCCAGUUUGUUCGAAAACAUUUGCUUCAAAGCACUCGUACCGGAAACAUGUAGUCUUACAUUCUAUAGAAGACGAUCGUUUCAAAUGUGAAGUUUGUGGAAAAGGGUUCAAAAUGAAAGCGAGCCUAAAGCAACACUCUAUCACACAUGCACCAGAUGAUCGGCCGCUAAGCUGCAGUCUGUGCUCAGCGACAUUCGCGCGAAAGACGUGUCUCAAAACCCACAUGAGGGUGCACACCGGUGACAGGCCGUACAAGUGCGAUAUAUGCGAUGCAAGUUAUCCAUUUCCGAGCGAUCUCAAACGCCACAUUAUGGCCCAUAAGGGCAUAAAACCGCACAUCUGCAAUGUAUGCGGGAGGGGAUACCCAAGACCGGACUAUCUACGUAAACAUUUGGCAUCGCACACGGUCAACAAUUGAUUGAAAGUUGUUCAUGAUACGUUCGAUAUGAUUGUUUUGUCAAUAAAGGUAUUCUUCCAAAUGUUUAUUAGGGAUUUGGUCACUUUA